GUGUGUAAAAAACAAAGAAAUUGCAUUGCAAGAUGCCGCGCCUUAUAAGCAGGCCUGAGCCUGCACCCACCUAUUCGAAUUUGGUUGGAUUUAUAUUCAUUUUUAAUUUAAUAGUUGGAACGGGCGCAUUAACUUUACCUGGAGUGUUUGCCAAAGCAGGAUGGGUGUUAAGUCUUAUAGUAAUUAUAUUAUUAGCCACAAUAAGCUACAUGACAGUUACCUUUAUUAUUGAAGCAAUGGCUUGCGCGAAUGCUAUCAAAAAUUGGCAAACUCUUCAGGCCCUUCGUCAUCAUAGUCGAAGCUCCGCAGAAAGCAGUGAAAAUGAUGAUGCCUCUGCAGACGAUCAAGGAUCAGAUCUUAGAGAUCUCGAGCGAGUUCCAUUGACCAUUCAAAAUGCUGAAAACCAUUAUUAUCAGCUGUCACAUAAAUUCGAAUUGGGCGAAAUGGCGACAAUUUUUUUCAACGAACUCGGCCGCAUCAUGUUUUUCUUGUGCCUCAUUGUUUAUCUCUAUGGAGACUUGAGUAUCUAUUCUGCUGCAGUAUCAAGGAGCCUCCGGGACGUUAUAUGUGACCAGACAAAUGCUACAGAUUCGCCAAACUCGAGACUGAUGUUUUGGCCUGGGGACUUCAGGAAUAAUACAGCCCACGCGUGUUGGAAAGAGCACACAAUAUCGCGAUUAAGCGUGUAUAGAGUGAUUUUAAUUGGAUUCACUCUCAUAUUCGGUCCAUUUGCUGCAUUCAGUAUUCAGAAAACCAAAUAUUUGCAAAUUCUCACAGCUAUUUUCCGUUGGAUGGCGUUUACUCUGAUGAUCUGUAUAUCCUUGAAACUGUUGAUCUCAAGAGGACCCAGAGGGCACCCUGUAAGCUUUAAUGUAUAUGGUAUUCCCUCGCUGUUUGGCGCUUGUGUAUACUCUUUUAUGUGUCACCAUUCACUUCCUAGCCUAUUGGCGCCACUUAAGCAUAAGUUGAUGGUAUCGAAAAUACUUUCAUUUGAUUAUACUAUCAUUUGUGCUUUUUAUAUAGUACUAGCCAUGACAGGUAUAUUCGCUUUUGAUCGGAUUGAAGACCUUUACACACUAAACUUUCUUCCUUACGAUGUCGACUACACAGACUUUGCAUCAGGUUUACUAAUAGGCAUUGACUAUUUUUUGGCACUUUUCCCUAUUUUCACUUUGUCUGCUAGUUUUCCAAUUAUUGCGGUAACGCUGAAAAACAAUCUUCAAACUCUUUUUCUAGACAUGUCUCGCUAUGACACCUAUAGUCCGUUCGUGCGUAUACUCUUCCCUUUAUGUGCAAUUAUUCCACCAUUUUGUGUCACAUAUUUUACGGAAAGUUUGGCAAGUCUUGUGGCAUUUACAGGGAGCUAUGCCGGGACUGGAAUACAAUACAUUAUCCCUGUCUUUUUGGUUUAUUUCGCUCGACGCACUUGCUCAGAACUUCUGGGAAGUGGUAUAGUUAAUAGUUUUGAAAGCCCCUUCAAAUCCAGUGCUUGGUUGAUUUUUGUUAUCAUUUGGUCUAUUUUAUGCGUCUGUUUGGUAACCGUUAAUAUGGUCAGUUAAACGGAAGUCUUUCAGGUCGACCAAUUGGUUAGGAAAUUUAAAUUUUGCCGCUAGAAGUUUUAAGAAACUACAUUUAAGCGAAACAAAUUUCGUAAACAAAAUUUUACACAAUCUUUUUAUGUAGAUUUGUAUUUAACAUUUAUUAAGUAAGUCAGUAUUGAAAUUGGCUGUGAAAUAAACGAUUUUCGAUUAUAUUAACCAUAUUA